CCCCCACCCCACCUCCCGGGCCCCCACCUUGACAUCGGGUCGAUCGAAUACUCUCUAGAAUUCUUUUGCCAAACAAAACGCUUCACGUUUUUGCUCCUUAAGUUUCUCCACUGAAAACAGAAUAAAACAGAGUCUUUUAAUUGUAUCAGAAAAGCUAAGUGGUUGAAGGAUUAUUAUUAGAAAUAUUUAUUGGAAGUGCGUUGGAUUUUUGUUUUUGAAUGGGAAUAUUGGUAGAGUGAUGAGGAAGUCUUUUAAAGAUUCACUAAAAGCACUUGAAGCUGAUAUUCAGCAUGCCAAUACUCUGGCGUCGGAUUAUCCAAGAGAAUAUGACGGUGCUAGCCUUCAGAUGAGACUAUCGUACAGUCCCUGUGCUCAUAUUUUUCUGUUUCUUGUUCAGUGGUCUGACUGUCACCUUGCUGGUGCUCUUGGAUUGCUUAGGAUCCUUAUCUAUAAGGCUUAUGAGGAUGGUAAGACUAGCAUGUAUAUUCGUGAGAGAAAAGCUAGUAUUAAACAGUUCUAUGGUGUGAUAUUUCCAUCAUUGUUGCAACUUCAAAGGGGAAUUACUGACAUUGAAGAUAGGAAACAGCGAGAGAUCUGCGAAACGAAAUACAGAAGAGGAGAUGAGAUGAACAAAGGUAAGCUGUUUGAAAUCGAAAUGGAGAGGGAGGAAGAAUGUGGUAUCUGCAUGGAGAUGGAUACGAAGGUUGUUUUGCCGUCCUGCAAUCAUUCUUUAUGCAUGAAGUGCUACAGAAACUGGCAUGCCCGAUCGCAGUCAUGCCCUUUCUGUCGAGAUAGUCUCAAGAGGGUGGAUUCUGGAGAGCUUUGGAUCUACACCAACAUUUGUGAUAUCAAAGACUUGUCCGCAAUAACAAGGGAAAAUAUGAAGAGGCUUCUCAUGUACAUCGAAAAAUUGCCCGUUGUCUAUCCAGAUCCAACAAUUGUCUCUUAUCAUCCUCAUUAUUGAUUGAGGAAUACUAAAGGUUAGGUAGGUUGCACAUACUAGGCGCUUAGGUAGGUUGCACAUACUAGGCGCUUUGUUUGUAUGAAAAUUCUUUCUUUUUUAAACAUUUGAAAUGUACAGUUUGCUGUCAUUCCAGCAAGUGUGGAUACUAUUUGUGCACUAUAAUUUUUCACAUUUUUUAAGCAGCAAUUCAUAUUUGUUCUUCUCGUUU